AUGGCGGAUGAGUUGAUUGAUACCAUGAAAAAUACUAAGAGUAUGAAGGGUUGGAUGGCCAUUAAAUUAGAUAUGAGUGGGGCCUUUGAUAGAAUUGAAUGGAACUUUGUUAUCCACGGCCUAAAAAGUUUAGGAUUCUCUUCUGAUUGGUGUGAUCUCAUUUAUCAAUGUAUUUCAACUAUGUCCACUUCUAUUCUGCUAAAUGGCUCUUCAGGUGAAGUCUAUUUUCCACAAAGAGGUUUAAGGCAGGGAGACCCUUUAUCUCCCUACCUAUUUAUCCUCUGUAUGGAGUGCUUUUCUAGAUCCUUAUUUACUGCUGAAACUAAUAAUCUUAUUCAUGGUUGUACUGUAACUAAAAAUAGUCCUUCUGUGAGUCGCUUGUUUUUUGCAGAUGACUGCUUGCUAUUCUCUAGAGCCAACAUAAAUGAAGCUAAACAUAUAGCUCACAUCAUUGAUCAAUUCAGAAUAUUCUCAGGUCAAUCAGUUAACUUUGAUAAAUCUGGACUUGCUUUUAGUCCAAAGGAUAAGUAUCUAGGAGUUCCACUUCUCUUACAGAAGAAUAAGGUUGAGUCUUUCUCUCCUCUAAUGGAUAGGUUUAGUGACAGGCUUGCUCCUUGGCAAUCUAAAUUCAUAGCUCAACCAGGUAAGACCACUUUAACCCAAUCUGUUCUAGGUACAAUUGCUAGUCACCACAUGGAUGUUUUCCCCAUGCCUAGAAAAAUUGCAGAUAAAAUGGAUGCAAUCCAAAGGAACUUUUGGUGGAACAAAAAGAAUGGUGAAAAAGGCAUUUAUGGUGAUGGCAGUAACAUAUCAAUUUACAAGGAUAAUUGGAUCUCAUCAAUUCUUGGUCCUCCUAAAUCAAAUUUUAUGUCUGCAAAUAUCAGUAAAGUUUCUGAUUUGAUAGAUGCUAUUUUGGAUGAUUCCCAGGUUAGACCUCCUAAUAGUGAUGAAAUAGAAUGGAAAGCUCUCUGUAAAACCAACCUUCUUAUCAAGAUUAAGCAUUUUCUAUGGAAAUUCCUCCAUAAGUGCCUAUCUACUAGAGAUAGAUUAUCCAGAUUCACUAAGCAUAAGCAGGUUCUUUGCCCUCUUUGUAACCAUCAUAAUGAGUCUUCUCAGCGUCUGUUUGUUGAAUGCAACAUCUUUAUAUUUGUUCUUAACAACAUUGAUUUUAAUUGUGUGAAGUUGCUGCAAGGUAAGGAUAUUCAUUCCUGGAUUAAACUUUGGUUUGAUAAAGAUGUCAAUCUUAGGCCAAAUAACACCAACCAGUUUAACAAUAUAUGUUUUACAAUGUGGCAAAUAUGGAAAACUAGGUGCAGUGUUGUGUUUGAGAAUGUGCAGGUCAAUGCAGAUGUUAUUACUAUGAGCAUAAAAAAUCACAUGUCUGAUUGGUUAAGAAUCCAUGGUAGCUCAGCCAUAAACAGAAUAGUAAACAUAGUUGUUUUAGCUCCAAAACACUGGAAAAGUCCAAAUGCUAGUGAUAUCAAAGUAAAAGCAAUGGAUCUAGGGACUUUCAGCAAAAGUUUUAGAUCCAGAGCAGGCGGAAGCAUUGACGGCAUUUGA